CUGUACUGACCUCGCCUUCUGGGUGGUAGCGGGGUGAACAGGCAGCGGCUUGGGUGGUUGUUGUCCCUGAAGAUCUUUUUGUCCUUACUGUGACAUCAGGUGCUGUAGGUGUCCUGGAGGGCAGGUAGUUUGCCCCCGGUGAUGCGUUGUGCAGUCCGCACCACCCUCUGGAGAGCCCUGCAGUUGUGGGCGAUGCAUUUGCCGUACCAGGCGGUGAUACAGCCAGACAGGAUGCUCUCAAUUGUGCAUCUGUAAAAGUUUGUGAGGGUUUUAGGUGACAAGCCAAAUUUCUUCAGCCUCCUGAGGUUGAAGAGGCGCUGUUAGGAUUGAGGCAAUGUUUACUAUGAUUAUGAUUGGGGUAUGCAAAACUAUACAACACUUUUUUUGUAAUAAAUUUGAAAGAAAAUUCAAACAACAUUUUGUCAGAUAAUAGAUAAUGAAACUUUGAAAAACUGUUAGAAGAGUUUAUUAAAAUCUGUCAGAAACAUAUUUUCUUUAAAUAUCUGGUUGUAUUAUGCUCAGUAUUCAAUGAAAUCGUAUAGGUCAUCAAAGCUUUAUGAUAUCUGUCUCCAUCUACAUUACACUGGCAAGCCCUCCUCAGGUUGCCAACAAACCAGUACUUGGAAACCAGCUCUCCAAGGAAGUGAACAGGUAAGGAUUGGAGUUUGCAGUUUGUGUACAAAUGCACUAAAAGUAAAUUAGGUAGAUGAUAAAAAAAGAAACAAGAGAGACAUGAUACAGUGUUGUCACUCAACACUUUUCAAAUGCAUCUGGAGUCCAAUAAGUGCUCUACUCUUUAGUCACCCCACUCUAAACAAAACCAUAAAUGUAUCGACGUACAUGUUGCGAUGGUACAACUUCAUUUGGUAGCAGUAGUCUGCCCUGACCUUUCUGCCAUAAUUGUGCCACAUUUUAUACUGAGCUGAUCUUGCUUGUCGUCUACCACAUGACAACGUGUGACAGAAAUGAACAACAAUCAAUUAGGAGGAAGAUUAAGCCCUGUGUACUGAUCUACUGAACAGGAGCAUCAUUGGGCUUUGGGCCUGUCUUCUCAUAAUGUUGGCCAAAUGGGAAAUACACUCUAAUCAGUAUCAGAGUGCAAUGGGCAUCUAAACAUGGCACCAGUGUGGAGCCACCGCCCACUGGGUUAGGGUUACAGCGGCCAGUCUAGCGGUGCCAGCCGACAAUGGCCCCACUACCUCUGGAAAAGAGCCCUGCUGAAAAAUACAUGAGGAAACCCACACCUGUUUCCAGGUAACCGAUGCAGCCUAAAUCCUGAACCGUGACGGUGUGUGUGCGUGUGUGUGGUUGCGUACAUGCAUGGGGUUGUGUGUGUGUGUGUUCACAUUGGCAACUGCUUGAUUCCUCUAACUGAUCAGAUGCUUCAUAGGGAUGUUACCAGCAACCUGUUUUCCUGACAAGAGAUAUUGACAAUUUAAUCGGGAUACAACAUGAAACAGCACAGUCCUACUACACUCUAGACAGGCCUAGAGUGAGUCAGGUCAAAGUUCCGUCAAGGCUGAGUCGUUGUCUAAGAGCUGGAAGUGUACGAAUGGGAAAAGGGCAUUAGCCAAACUGAGAAGACCUGAAGAGGGGACUUGGUGGAGGGCGGUCUGCCUCAAGAAGCUGUGAGGCCUUACUGAGAGUUGUUUCAACAGUUCUAGAGGUCUUUUAGGGUGAACAAGCAUGAAUCCCAUAUGGAAAGUGUACAAGAGCAAAGUGCUGAAGACCCUGAACCCGGACCUAGAGGAGUACGCAGAGGAAGAGGUCAAUAAUGCAGAGAUUGACAUGAGCCCUGUCCAGGAGGAUGAGGGGCCCAAUGCAGUGUCUCAGCUGGCCAAGAGAAUGCAGGGUGCUGGGGCUAAAGGCUGGAACAGGAUGUCAGCACUCUUCAACAAAGAGGAUGAGCACCAGCUAUUGGAGGAGACUGAGAGCCCACCUGUCCCAGACCAUCCACUAGCAGUGAUGCCUGAGGAGCCGCAGAGACCGGCCAGACCCUCAGGAUUCUGGGGAAGUUUCGCCACCAACUGGAAACAAAUGGCCGCCUCGAAACAGGCUGAAGCCGCAGCAAACGAGACGGGCACGAUGGAGGAGGGUCAGGAGGCGGUGGGGGAGGGAGGUGGUGAGGGAGGAGGGGGGGAGAGUUACCAGGGGGAGAACACGGAGGAAGAGCAGAGUCAAGAUGGAGGAGGAGGGAGCAACACCAGCUUCUCAAAAUACGCCAUGCUGGGAGGAGGGAGCGAGAACACGCCCUUCAAGUGGAACUUUGUCACAGGCAAGCUGGCUGAGUUGAAGACCAAGAGCAUGUCUGGACAGCAAGACUAACAAGCCAGCUGUAAAGGAGUGGGAUGGGGUCUGGGUCUGUGGCAGGGUUUGAGUGGGGUCAGGGGGAUGAGGGGGUACAUGGGGCAGAAUGCCCUCCUAGCCUAGCCUGGUCCCAGAUCGGUUGAUGCUGUCUUGCAAACAUUGCAUGACAGUGACCAUAGGAGUUGGCAAAGCAGCGUGAACAGAUCUGGGACCAGGCUACUCCUAACCCGUUAUCAUCUUCAUUCUACUUGCUCAGGUGUAGAUUGUACCCACCACACCAACACCAGUAGAAAUGGACUUUUCAGAUCUAAGGGAAUAGGGACUAGGGGUCGAUUUGGAAUUUAGCACUCACCUCCCUUUCCAUACCUUCUCCAUAGUGUUAAACUGUACAGCAUUUGAACAAGCACUGACACUUUUACAGUAGAUGGCAUUUAGUUAAUGUCAUAGGACUCAUACCUGAAAAUGACACCAACAAACAGGCUGGAUUAGAUCAAUUAAUCAACAAAACCAGAUUAAGAAAUUACAGAUUACACACAGAGAGGGAUAGUGGGAUUAGGUGUUGGAUUAUGGCACCAAUUUGGAAAGGGAUUUCAUAGCUGAUACAAAUUUGCUUUCACUGUAAAACCAUUUUGCAAUGUAUAUAGGAAAUAUCUCAUGUUUUCUUGUGAAGUUAAUUAAGAAUGGGGGGAAAUAGGAUGUGCAAAAGUUGAAUGAUUGGGAUUACAUGGCUUUUCAGGACAUAAUAUUUGGAUAACUGUUUUGGCUGACAGGUGCGUGGAGGUCAUGGUUUGAGUGUCUUGGGUUGAACUUAUUUUGUCAUGAGACUGGUAACUUAUUCUAUUGCCCCUACAAAACACACUUGCAGCGUGACCCUACCGCAGUCCUUUUGGGACACUUGUCUGUAAGACAGUAACGUGUCCAUAUUGUUAUUUCCUGUCUGUCUUUUCUGUUUUCAAUACGCUUUUCAAACGUUUUGUUCUGAUGUGUUGCUACCUCUUGUGCUCUAAUAAACACUGAUAAUAAUUCACCGUAAAGGA